AUGGAAUCGGAUUUGUUGCGAAAAGAGGACGAAUUUUACAAAGAAAACGAAAAACUCGAACGAAGAACCAAAGAACUGAUGAAAAAAGUCAACGAUGUUAUGAAAAUCCAGGAUCAUCUAAUAAAAGAAAACCUAAAAACGAAAUCGGACAUCAUCCACGCGAAACAGCAGAAUUUCAAGUACAACAAGCAGGAAUUUGAUGAAAAUUGCGACUUUAAUAAGGACCUGCUCGUUCCGAGCGCUGUGGAAGAAAUGGGCCUUAAAAAUGCCACACAAUUUUACAAAACCAAACUUAAAGCAGUGCAAGUUGAAGUCGUGAAAAUUCAAGCCGAUAAUCGCAAGAAAUGCGAUGAAAUCCGAAGGCUUCAAGAAGAAAAUCAAAAAUUACAAGACGAUAAAGACAAAUGGUUCAAUUUGUACAACUCCGCCAGGAAUACUUCUGGAAAACUUGAAACACAAGUGUCUUCGUUGAAUUCGAAAGUUCAAGCGAAGUCGGGCGAAUUGGCGGCGUUGAAAAAAGAUUUCGAACAAGCGAAAAAGGAAUUAAAAAACGCCAAUCUUAGCGUGAACAGUUUAGAAGUAAGACUAGCAAGGGUGCAAGAAGAUAACGAAAAGUUGAAAAAUUCCUUAAAAAUGGCGAAAGAUGAAGAUAAGGAAACCAGAGAUACUUUCAAGAGACAAAUUAACGAAUUAACGGCUACUGUGAAACAUAUCGAAAAACACAAGGUAGAACUGUUGAAUGGAUUUAAAAAGCAAUUGCAGUUGAUUGAUAAUUUGAAGAAGCAAAAGAUGCAUCUUGAAGCAUUGAAAAUUGCAGAAUUGUCAGAAACUGAUUAUCUAAAAUUAUUAGAUUGGAAAUUUGAGUAG